GUACAUGUUAUCGAGUACCGAUCGAUGUGCCUGAUUGCGAUAUGUCGCAGGAGAUUUUUUCCCGUAGGGAGACACUCUCGAUCGAGACGAAUGACCCUCUCAAUUCAAAGAGGAGUACUCGCGCUCUACGUCGAUGGCGCAUCUUAGCCAGAGCGCUGACAGGCUCGCCAGAACCGAUCGGCAGCGAGUCCGACGAGGAGGUGUCGGUGAGACGAUUCACCAGUUUUGGUUUGCUGAAAUGCGCGCUGCUGGAAAACAUGCUGGCGGACGGCGAGUUCAGUUGGUGCGAGUAUUCCACUCAGCUGGACGGUCGGUCAUACAACGUGCAGAUACGUCGGAUAAGCAAGUGCUUCACAGCGAGCGAGCUGAUCGGCUUCAACAAUACUGGCAACGUGUGCGUGUGGCCGUCCGAGGAGUGUCUGGCCUACUAUCUGCUGAGGAAUCACGGCCUCUGCCGGAAUCGGAACGUCCUUGAACUUGGUGGUGGCAUGAGUUGUCUGGCCGGUGUACUCGCCGCCAAAUACUGCAAUCCCAGCACCGUCACCCUCACGGACGGUAACGUGACUAGCGUCGACAACGUGCGCUGCAUCGUCGCCAGGAACGACAUGACGCAUCUGGUAGAAUGCGGAGUCGUUCAAUGGGCUCAAGCCGCCAGGGCCCUUCGACAGACGAUGAUCAACGGUAACCGCGUUAAGACCCGGACGACUGACGAAAAUACUCGACUACCGUCGGGUCUUUACGACGUGAUCUUGAGCGCCGACUGCCUUUUCUUCGACGAUGCUCGUCUAGAUCUGGUGGAGACGAUCUAUGGCUGGCUGACCGACGACGGGGUCGCCCUGGUGAUGGCACCUAGACGCGGCACGACAUUCCAGAAGUUUGCCGAGGCGUCGAUCAAACGUGGCUUCAUAGCACGCCAGACAGAACGGUACGACGACAUGGUGUGGUCGAGACAUCUGGAGCUGUUGGAGAAUAGUCCGGAGUACUGUCCAGAUCUGCAUUAUCCGGUACUGCUAGAACUCACCAAGCAGAAGAAGACGCCGCCCGGAUGAUCAGGCUUGAUCGACAAGGACGACGAGGACGACCGGCCGGACGAGAGUCUCAGCGAGGAAUGAAAACAUGUCUGUGAACAUGUUCUUCUUUUUAAAUAUGUACACUCUUUGUGGCUGCACGCGCAAUAAAAUUAUUGCGGAAAGGAAUGAAUGUAUUACUUCCGAGUGAAGAUGCGCGUUCGCUGUAAUGGGAUAUAAAGAUGUAUAAAGCUGCCUUUAUGUCGUUCAACAAUGUCAAGGUCGAUUUUUUAUUAGUGCGUCUGAUGAAACGUUUAGCGGUCACAUCCAUUCGCGGAUCGAUCUUCCGCUCGUACGCAUCGUUCCACAUCAUCGCUGCUAUCGGAAAAGUUCAAUAAGGAAGGUAUUAUGUGCAACGUGCGAGAAUUGCUCAGCGAGCUCUCUUCAAUGUGUCCGGUCUUCCCUUCUCAUUAAUUAACCCAUGAAUAUUUUGUAA